AUGAUUCGAGGGCAGCAGCAUAACGGGCAACCUCUGUCGGACCUUGAUAGUAACCAGCGCGUCAAUUAUGAAGUUAUCGAAGGUUCUGUUGUUGGGAUUCUGGUCCCCAGGUGCUUGGCAGGGGUUCUUGUUGCGGGACAUCAUCUUCAUUUCCUUUCCAGUGAUUGCAAGCGAGGGCACGGUUUGGGUCUGAGCGUAGAUAAUGCCAUGAUUGGUAUGGCUAUGUAUGAAUGCCAAGAGGACCAGAUCAAUUUUAGAUGCGCUCUCAAAUAUGAUGAUUAA